AUGCAUUUUCGCAAGGAAUACGAUCCAGCACAAUUGAAAUUGGCACAAGUAAUAAUGUUGCUCAAACUAGGGAAACCUACUGAAGAUAUUACAUCAUACCGACCAAUAUCACUACUUCUAAGUUUGUCUAAGCUUUUAGAGAAACUUUUGCUUGAACGUCUUAAACCGAUCAUAGAGGCAAACAAUGUUAUGCCAGAACAUUAG